AAUUUAUUUAAAUUAUUAUAAACUACAUACAAAAUACAUAAAUAUAUAUAAAAUACUAUUAUAUAAAUUUAUUUAAUAUUAUAUUAAUCUCUAUUACAAAAAAAAAAAAUCUGUAAUUAGCAAUAUUCAUACUUUAAAAAUUUUAUAUUUAGAAAGAAAUCGCUUUUACAGAUCAUCUAUUCCGCCUUACUAUUAUGCUUUUUUAAAGGUUUAUAAUUUCAAAAUAGACCAAAUACAUUCAAUUAAAUUUAAAUCGGCACCCUUUGGUGGCCAAUAAAGGCAAUUGAUUCCAUUUCUCACUUUCUGUUUUAUUUAAAUAUCCACCCUUAUUAGGAAUUAGAAUAAAUAAGAACCAAGAAAAUCUCUGAUAAAUAUUCUAAAUUCUUUUUAACAUCUCUCUGUUUAUUAAAUUAAAUAUAAAUUAUUAUCAUUGAAGAAAUUUUUAUAAGCUUUACUUAUUAAUUAAUUGAAAAAUAAAAGUAUUUUAAAAGAAGAAAGGAAAAAAAGUUUAUAUACACUCUCAUAUUUAAGCUUAUCUAAUAAAAGAUGGAUACUUUUAAUAAUUUAACGGGAUAAUCAAAGAAUAUUUAUCAUAAAAGAGAAGAUGAGAUGAAAAUAGCGGAAUCCAUUUAUGUUCAAUCAUUCUUGAGAAAUCAGUAGCAAGGUAGUAGUGAUAUUUUUUAAAAAGUGGAAGAAAAAGUUAAAUCUAUCAACCCACAUUUGAAAGGGAUAGUUAAGGAAGACUUAAUGCUUUCAAGCUGCUGUACUCUAACUAAAAAUGUUGUGAACUAAAAAUCAGAAAUAGUGAAAAAAUUAGAAUAAGAGUCUUAAUAUUAUAUGGAUUAGAAGAUUUUAAAUAUAUAAUAAAAAAAUUAGCCUUUAAAUAAAUUAAAUUCUUAAGACUAAAAAGAUAUUUUGAAAGCUGCUUUAUUCCAAUACUUCAGAUAGGAAGGUUGUUAAGUUUAAAUUACUAGUAAUAUCAACAACGAUUAAACAUACGCCAAUUCUUACUAGUCCCAGCUAGUAUUAACUGGGUAAACAGAUAAACUUAAGUAUCUUUAAGUGGGUAUUAAUGAUCAGUUUUAUACUUACUAAAAGAUUGUUUCAGACGAUGUAACAAAAAAAGAAGUUAUUUCAAAAUUCUUAAAGGCUACUUCAAAUCAAUAUGGAGUUUCUAAAGACCGUAUUACUAUCUUAGACAUAUAAUAAGGCUGUUAAAGUAUGGUCAAUUUUAUUUUUUCAAUCAAAGGCUUAAAAACUGAUCAAAUAUUUAAGACUGCAAUAGACUAAUACUAAAUAGAGUUUCCAAAAGCUUAAAUAUCUGCUAUGGCUAAGUCUCUAAUUGAUAACUAUUAGAUCAGUGAUGAAUACUUGGAUGAGAGGUUUAAUAUGUAUUGGGGCGAUAGUUACAGUACAUAAAUAGACUACAGAGGAUCUCUUCCUAGAUAAGGCUACGGCUCAGUACCUUAAAGAUACUAUUUCCCUGUAGGCUUUUAAGGUUAUGGCAUUAACGUAUAGAAAUGGCUUGCAGUAGAUUAAUCAUGGUUUGGUCAAAGUAAAGAUAAAAAUGUAUGGAUUGUGCUUUAUCAUGCAACUAAUGAAAACGGAUUAAAAGGUAUUUCUUCAUCUUAUAUUAAACCUGGAUUAAAUAAUGCUUAUGGAGGAACAUAAUGUAGGUUAACAAAUAAAACAAUUUUAAGUGGAGCUGGGGCUAAUACUUACUUCUCAGAUCGUGCAAGUGGACCUAAUUCAUCAGAAGGCUAUGGAGGAAAAAUAUAAUUGGGAAAUAAAAAUUAUAUUAUAAUGUUCUAAUGCAGAGUUAAUCCCAUUCAUGUAAGAAGUCCUUAUAAUAUGGAAAGUUACUACACUGUCGAAUAAGAAUAUGCAAAAUAAAGUGUGAGGCCAUACAGAAUACUCCUUAAAGAAGUUUGA